AUGAACAAAGAUUAUAUGCUGCAGAUUUAAGGCAGAUUCGGGUAUAGAGUCUCUGUGCAGGUUAAUUAGGACUAUUUCCAUUGCUCAAAAGUGCAUAAGUGGCCCUCCAUAUUGCAUCCAAACAAUUUACUUUUGAAACUGCUGACAAAUCAUAUUGUUUUUUGAGAGUUCUUGUUUGCCUAGAAACUAGGCCAGGGACGCAAGUGUAAUCUUACAGGAUAUCGAAGUGUCAAGAUGGAGGACGCACACAGACAAACAUCACAGAAGGAUGGGACAAGCUUCUCCCUGGAGGACGGGAAGAAGUUACUGGAGUUCCUGGUUGAGAAAGGUCUGGAUAAGGACACUCUUAUCCAGAGGUACGACGAGAAAUGCGAAGAGUACAACAAGAUGCAGACUGUUCGUGGAUACAAGGCACCCACAGCGAUUGCGGACACUCUGGCUUCUCUGUAUCCUAGCAACCGAGAAAAUGUCCAGAUAUUGGAUGCCGCUGCAGGCACCGGUUUGGUCUCCGUAGAGGUAAGGAAGCGUGGGUUUGUACAUGUCGACGGCCUGGAUCCGUCUGAAGGAAUGCUUGAAGAGGCCAAGAAAAGUAACUUGUACGAGCGAUACAUCUGUGAUUUUCUUGGGGACAACACACUGGACAUUGCUGACGACACAUACACGGUAUUGACAUUGGUCAGCUUAACUUCUGAAAUCUUGAAGAAACUGUCCAUCAAGUGUUAUGAGGAGCUUGUGCGUAUCACGAAAUCAGGUGGCCACAUCCUGAUUAACCACUACGACUACAUCUUUGACAGUGAUGACAUCAAAGGAAAUCUGGCUCACCUGGAAUCCCGUGGGAUGUGGAAAUUGGUAGAUAAGCAAUACGUAGUAGAAAAGCAGAAUGGGGUGCGUCGUUGCACGUGUGUGUAUAAGGUUGCAUAGACGUUGUUUGCUUACAUGUUAGCUCACCUGAAAUGUAAGUUCCAGUGAGCUUGAGUGGUGGCGGGUCCGUAUCAUGAUGCAAGUUUAGAAUAUUAUAGGGACAAUAACAUAAGAUACGUUUUUAGCGUAGUUUGAGAUUUGACUCGCACAAGCCACUAAGCAAGCAUUUUCGGUCAUUAGUCACAACGGCUACACGUCAAAACGGCCAUGACAAUUAAUGUCUUACGCAGCAAUGCCAGUAGAUCUUUAUUAGAUGUUGCUGACUUAUGUACAAAGGUGAGCCAAACAUAUCAAGCUCGUCCUUUGCAGUAAAAGGUUUGAGGAUUAACUCAUAUGACACAUGUAACUUUCUUUAUUGAAGUUAACUGGUCUGAGGAGUAUGGAGACAAACAAUGUAUUGUGAAUACUGCAUGCACGUCUGGAACAAAUAGCAAAAUACCUCAGUUGUGAAGACGUCGCAAAAAACCCGAAACAAAUUUUGGAAUAAAAAUAAGAAUAAACCGCUUUUGGCUUUUUGACUUUGGACCAAUGACCGUUUUGACUUUUGAAUGGCCGUUCUGACCUUGACAGGGCGAAGGGUGCUAUGGAACUCCGUUUUCAUACAGUAAAGCCAAACUGAAAAUGUCAUUUUAUGUAAUAAUUACUGUGUCAUUCUGUGUUUUAGAAAGAUGAAAUCCGUUGUGUCCAUCCUUUUCUUGCUUAUGUAUUCAUGUUUACCAGGAUGUUAUCGUAAUCUUAAUGUUAUUAAUGUUCAGAAAUAUCCAUAUCAGGCUUAAGGCUCUAUUUCUAUCAUUCAUUCAGUCAAAGUUAUUAUAUUCAAGACAUAUAUAUGGCGCUGAGAGAUGCCACUAGCAGUAAGACAGCCCAUACAAUAUUACUGAGUAAAUAAACUGAAGGGCAAAAGAGAGUAUACACUUGAAAAUUAUAUUUGACCAAGCAAUUUAUAAACGUUAUCAAAAUGUUUCUAAGCUGAAACCAGUAGCUGGAACACUGCAAACUUAAGGUCCAAACCACAACUGUGAUUCCCGUAUCAAAUACAUCAAAUAACCGUUUCUUGUUUGUUUCAUUUGAGCCGCCAUCUAACAUGGGUGUAUACUCUCCUUUACCCGGCAGUUUAGAACACUCUUCGUACGACGGAGUUAUGAUACAGGUUUAUUGUAGAUAUAAAUGUAUGGCGACUUCAUCAUUGGAAAUUUAUUUUAAAUUCGAAUUAACUAUAUUUUUUUCGAAAAUACAACUCAUUGAAAUAUAAUCCUCGAUUACCUAUGAAUGCUUUUAAUAUCAUGUCCUGUUCACGUGUAACUUCGUUCAGAGCUUAGGACGUUUUCCUUUUAAAUUAUCUGCUGUUUCAGACUUACACUGAUUAAUGUUAUUUCAUGACCUAAAUAACUAAAUAAAUUGAGUCGUAUAUA